CACGCUUUACCUUAGUGGCUGGCCGCCUUCUGGUCGCAGUGUACGGGCGGCAGUAUAUCCGGACACACGCAGGGCGUCUGUAACGCGAAGGGCCCAUCCAGUUGGGUUUUCGUAGAAGAGAAAACGAGCACAAUGCAACCAUGGUUGAAAAUAUCCCUGCUACUGUGUACGUUUGGCUUCCUGAAAGAAAUUCGCCCCAGCGAACCAUUCAUCGUUGACUAUCUUGCCGGACCAUGGCGCAACCUAACGAUGGAUCAGAUUGUCCAGGAGGCGUUUCCAAUCGGUACGUACUCGUAUCUCGCCCAGCUGGCCGUAAUCUUCCUCGUGACGGACCUGUUACGCUACAAGCCGAUCAUCGUCGUCAACGGGGCCGCCGGUAUCAUCGUGUGGAGUAUGCUCACGUGGACCACAUCGCUGGACGCGCUCAAAGUGCUGGAAAUCUUCUACGGCACCUACUGCGCGGCCGAGGUCGCCUACUUUAGCUACAUCUACGCUAAGGUGGACCGGGAGCACUACCAAAAGGUUACAUCGCACACACGGGCUGCCAUCUACUGUGGUCGCUUUUUCGCCGCCAGCCUAGCGCAGCUGCUCGUGCACUUUGAGGCCAUGGACUACCGGCAGCUAAACUUCCUGUCGUUGGCUGCCCAAAUCAGUGCCACGCUGUGGGCACUCUUCUUACCCUCGGUCCCAACGAGUAUGUACUUCCACAGGCGAACACUGACCGAGCCCACCGGUGGGACCCAUGAGGUGACCGGUGUUGAUCACCCGUCUGAUAAAAAUGGCCGAGACGAUCGCUCGGAUGAGAGCAGAGUGUCCGGUCAUGGGUUCAGUCAACGGCUCCGUGCACCUUUUAGCGUGCGGAUGAAGGAAGCGUUCGUCCUGCUAUGGUCACACUUUCGAACGUCCUACACCAAUCGCAGUGUGCUGCAGUGGAGCAUCUGGUACGCCCUGGCAAUGGCCGGGUACAUUCAAAUCCUCGCCUACGUGCAAGCACUCUGGAGUUCGAUCGACGAAACGCAACCGGCCGUGUGGAAUGGGGCCGUCGAAGCAGCUCUCACGCUUCUCGGUGCCAUCGUGUCCCUGCUAGCCGGGUAUCUGCACAGCGGCUUCCUGAAGCCCCGCACGAGCCUGCUCGCGCUCGCCGUCCUAUCGUUUGCUGCCGGUGGUGCGAUGUUUCUGGCGACGAAAACGAAUGACCUGAUAGUGUCGUACCUCGGCUACAUGAUCUUCUGCGUGCUGUACGCGUUUGCCAUUACGGUGGUCAGUGCGGAGAUAGCGAAAAAUAUUGCAGACGAUUGCUUCGGCCUGGUGUUUGGCUUCAACACCCUCGUGGCACUGUCGCUGCAAACGCUCCUCACGUUCUCUGUGACCGACGCCGAUGGAUGGUUCGCGUUAGACGUGUUUGGGCAGUUCACUGUCUUCAGCAGCUACUUCCUGGUACUAGGUGGCAUUUACACGGCGUUCCUAGCGGCGGAAAUAAUCAGCAGUAUUUUAAGACGCUCCAAAACGUAGAGAUACUUAUGCUAGUAUUGUCCGCGUAGCAAAUAAACGAUGAGGCUGAUUGGUUGGGAAAUCGAUAGUACAAAGCAGUUGUUCUCUGGCACCACUGUGAGACCAUCUGAUAAGACGUUCAAGGCACUCACAUCGCUGGCGCAGUGAGCCCACGAGAGAUGACCACUUAUGUAAGAACGCCAUGAACAAAAACACAACGGCAUACCACAAACAACACAUCCGGUGGUAAAAGUAUUGUUGUUAGAUGAAUAUUCUUCAGCCUAUAAACUGGUCGCUCUAUAUGUAAAACGUUUAACGUUUCCGCUAAGACCCACGAUUCUCCACUGUGAAACAAAAGGUGCCCUGUACUUUUCCUGAAAGGGUUUCGACAAAUAGUUUACAACAGAUAGUUAAGAACUGAUAUAUUUUCAAUAAAACAAC